UUUCACAUAUACUAAAAAAAAAAAAUAUAUAUAUAUAUAUAUAUAAAUAAAUUAUGAAAAUUAUAAUUUAUAACAAAUUAUACGUACGUAUACUAUAAAAAAGAAUGUAAAUUAUAAAAUUCGUAAAGACAUGUAAAGUAUUUAGCACACAAAGCAUGAUUAUCCAAAGAUAAAUCUUAAAAUUAGCUGUAAAAAGGAAAGAAAAAAUACAUUAUUAUUAAUAAUUUCAAAAACGUAAAACACAUAAACUAUAUAGCUAUAUAAACCAAAUUAAAAAAGAACAUUAAAAGAAAAACAUUAAAAAAAAAAACUAUUCAAGCAUAGAAGCAUUCACAGAUAACGAAAAAAAGCAAAAACAAAGAGCUCUAAGCCGCCUUUAAUUAGUUAUUUUUAUAAAAUUGAAUGAAAAAACUAAAUCGAAAAACAAAAGCAACUCAAUCUCAAAAAUUUAUAUAUAAUUAAAGCGAGGCAACCAAGAAAUGUAGCGAAAAAAAUGAGUUGUACUAAACUCGAGAGUUUUGUGUAUAAACUUUAGGUUUUUUUAUUUUUACACUACAAGUGACAAAAUAUGAAAUUGAUUUACGGCAAAAGCAAAGGAAAUUGUACGCAUAAGUAAUUAGCAAAAGAGAAAAUCACAAAAACCAAUGGCAAAAAUACAGUUAAAUUAAAAUAGUUAAGAAUUGACAAAGCAAAACAAAAACAGAAGAAAACAAAAAGCCAUGCAAAAAGGAGGUAAAUGAAACGCUUCUGCACUUGCAAGCAAAUAUUUCUCAAGCCAAGCUAAUUAUGUAGGCUUAAUUCGAGAGCAGUGGGCGUGGCACUUUAACUAGUUUCUUAGCAACUUUCGGCAAGCAUUCCAAAUGCUUUCGGCCAACUUCUCGAUAAAUUCAACCAAGGCAAACUGGUAUUCCGCAUUUUUAGCAGUCGAAGCAGAAGCAGAAGAUUGAGGAGAGCAAAUAGCAGAAUCCAAGCGAAUCGAACACAUAACCCAACCCAGCAGAAGUACACGCAUGUGGCACAUGGGGCAUCAUAGGGAAUCGGGUAAAAAAGGGGCGGGCAAGGCAAGAUAAAAACAGAAAUCAAGAGGAAAUUGUAAACAGCAAAUAAUAAAAUCGAAAAGUAAAACUCCAAGGCCUUUUUAAUGUGGGCCCCCGUCUUUGAGGAGCAAUUUGUCACCUUCCAGGCAUGCAGCACACAACUCCAUUCCCCAUAAACCAAACACACCCAAAACAACGCAUCCACACCCAAAAAACACUCAUCAUUUGGUGAUGGCAGCAUUAAGUUCCAUUUGCAUUGCUUAGCAUAAGAGGUUAAGGAUUUGGCUUUAAGGCUUGUUCGCAGGCAAAAUGCAAUAAAACUACCCCAAGAUGGAGCGACGUGGACGCAUUCCGGUGGCCAAAUUCCGUACCCAGGAGGCCAAGACACGCAGCCGAAGCCGCGUAAGGGAGCCGGACUACAAUGAACAGGAUCCGGAGCACGAUAUGUUCACCUUGCUGGAGGAUAAUAUCGCUCUGAGGGAGGAGAACAAGGCACUCAAGUUGGAGAUCGAAACGCAUAAAACCACGCAGGAGGAGCAGCAGGCUCAGCACGAGAAAAUGUGUGUCGCCCUCGAAUCGCUGCAACAACAGCAGACCAAUUUCGAAACCCAAAUCAAGGAGCUCAACUCAAAGUUCAACAAGGCUCUCAAUGAGCGAAAUGCUUUGGACAAGCUGCACAAAAUGAAAGUCGAUCAGAUCCACAGUCUCACCAGCGAGCUGGAGCAUAUGCGGGAGAAACAACAGGAACAGACACCUCAAAUAGCUCCACGCUCGGUUUUCGGAUCCGUGGAACUCAAGCGAAAGCUUUUCAAGAUUCUGCAGUCGGGCAGCACAGACAGUGCCGAUAGCAUCGGGACUCAAGAGCUCGACAGUCUGGUUAAUGUCAAUUCGGAUGCGGUGCCCAUUACCAGCGACCUGGUAGAGCGUCUGGCCGACGAGUUCCUGACCCUCAAGCAUGCCACCAAUUCCGUGGAGCUUCAGUUGUACGAGGCUAACGAAAAGAUGGCAGAACUGUUGGAGCAGCAACACUCUUUGGAGGAGGAAAACGAAUCCCUGCGCACGGAGAACAGCAACUUGACGAAAGUGGCCAAGUUGCUGACCGAAAACAUGAAGGAGAGUGUGGAAACCAGCCAGAAAAUGGAGGCUGCUCUGAUCAAGUUGAAGCAGCGCAACGAUGAACUCACCGCCAAAACCCGCGAUCUGACCGAUGGACAGCCGGGCUCCAGGACCAGCACCUCGUCCAGUGUGCUGAACGACCAGGUGGAGUUCGAGCAGAUCCAGGACCAGGUGCAACAGCAGGCCAGGGAGCACAACGAGCGCAUUGUGGAAAUGCAAAGUCUAAUGGAUGCGGCUAUUGCCAAAACUACUAACGAUGAACUAAAAAAAUUACAACUUAAGUUGGAGAUACUCGAGGAGCAGCUGCGCGAGGCAGUCACGCGAGCUGAUCGCGCCGAGGAGCAAUUGGCGCACUAUCAGCAGUCCGAGCAAAAGGUAAUGGUUGCUGCUCCACCACCUCCGCCUCCUCCUCCGCCGCCGCCACCAGCUCCUCCCAUGCCGGGCAAGCUGUUGGUGGCAGCAGCUGGCGGGGAUUGUGGAGGUGGCAGCUUCAGUGACCACAUUGCCGGUCAUAGUUUGCGCAAGGGCAGCGGCGACAAGAUCAUCGACAAUGUGAAGCAUCAGGUACAGGCCGAGGCAGCAACAGGUCUUGACGCUCUAGUGCGCGAAUUCAAGUCGGGAGGCGUGACCCUGCGGAGGCGCAAUCGCCGCAAGACGGGCACCAGCGAGGCCCUCAAGGAGAUGUUCCAAGUACUAGAGAUAAGUCAGAAGCAGAACCGCAACUCCAAGAUCUGCGUGGACCUGCACUCGGCCCGCGGAGUUGAUGUUUGAUGUCUAACCCCGUUCCUGCCGCCCUCUUCACCCACUCUCUCUUACACUUUGGUCUCAAAUCUCAGGACUCAGCUGUCCCUGAACAACGAACAUUCCGUGCAUUUUCAAACCGUAUUAUUCUGUGUGCCUUUCUAAGGUGGAAACCGAAGCCAUUUUACAAUUUACUAAGCUUAAGACCAAUUUCCGAAAUGGAUCCCAUCUCUACUACUCUAAUUUAUCUGAAAUAUUUUUUACCUAACCUCUUUUACUUAUAACCAACUUAACUCGGCCCUGGUUAAUGUGUUCAUUUUAACAGGUUUCGCCAUUUACUAAUCAAUUUAAACCCAAAAAUAUAUCUUGAAUAAACGUUUAAAUUAAAAAAAACUA